AUGGAUAUAAUGAACAACACGAAUAAUUCGAGAAAGGACACUUUUGUAAUGAACGACGGAGAAACAAGUAGAAAAAGCGUUGAAUCAACGAAAGGGAAGGCAGCACCAGACUCAAAUGAAGCUCUAGAGCUUGCUCUGACUGAGCUGGGUCACUUCGGGCUGUACCAGCGCUACGCCCUGUUCCUGCUGUGCGUCCCCAACCUGCUCGCGGCGAUGUAUUCACUAAACUACGUCUUCGUCGCCGAUCAAGUUCAAUUUCGGUGUGCAGUGCCGGAGUGCGAGCGAGAAGGGAGUGACUUCCUUAACUCAACUGUCAGUGAACUACUUCCUACGGAGCAGUGUCUUCGCUACGCGCCGCUCGCCCCCGACCAGGUCAGCUGCGACCGAACAGACUACCAGAACGAAACUAUCGCGUGCAAUGCCUUUGUGUACGAAAAUAUGAAUACUAUCUAUGGAGAGUUUAACAUGGCUUGCAACGAGUGGCAGCGGACACUCGUGGGCACAGUAAGGAACACAGCACUGCCCGUUGCUCUCGUACUUACAGGAUAUAUAUCAGAUAGGUGGGGUCGGCGGACGGCAUUUUGUAUAUUUUCCGCGUUCGCAGGAGUUUUGGGAAUCGUGAAAUCAUUUGCGUUCAACUACCAACUCUAUCUCGCCACGGAGUUCUUCGAAGCGGCUCUCGGGUACGGCUUUAACAGCGCUGCUUAUGUCAUGAUGGUAGAGCUGGCGCGUCCCUCGCUGCGGGCAGCGUUUGCUUGCGCAACGGGCGUGGGCUACGGUCUCGGCGGCGUGAUGUUUGCUUUCAUCGCCCGGCGCUUCACGUACUGGCGCGACUUGUUGCGAGUCAUACACACACCCGCGCUGCUGCUACCACUGUACUGGCUCAUACUCGACGAAAGCAUACGCUGGCUACACGCUACACGACGGAAAGAUCGCGCCAUUGCUACUGUUCGGAAAGUAGCUCGAUGGAAUAAUGUUACUUUAGAUGAAGAUGUACUGAAAAUGGCUGCUGAAAAUGAAGAAGCAAACGAAGUGAAAUCAAAAAAUAACCCUUGGCUGAGUCUCGCCAGAUCUCGUGUACUGGUGCUCAGAUUCGUAAUAUGCUGUUGGUGUUGGAUUUCAGCAGCAUUUGUGUACUAUGGACUUACAAUUAACUCUGUAUCGCUAUCUGGAGACAAAUAUACAAAUUUUGCACUUAACAUGGCCAUGGAGAUAGUUGCGUCGCUCCUCAUCAUGAUGGCACUUGAGCGGUUUGGUCGCAAGAAAAGUAUAUUCGUGGCAUUUUUUGUAUGUGGCAUUGCUUGUGUUACUCCGUAUUUUGUAUCUCAUUCACAAACUGUAGUAACCUUAUUCUUUGUGGGAAAACUAUCAAUAACGUUCGCAUUCAACUCCCUGUACGUAUUCACGGCGGAACUAUUCCCGACUAGCUCGCGGUCGUCGGCGCUAGCCGCAGUCUCGCUUGUUGGACGCCUCGGCUCCAUACUAGCGCCGCAGACACCACUUCUUAGCGUGUACGUGCAAGCGCUGCUGUACGCCGGCGCGUCGGGGACGGCGGCGCUGGCCGUGCUGUGCGCGCCGGAGACGCGCCGCGCGCCGCUGCCGCCGCACGUGGCCGCCGCCGAGACCCUGCGCCCCGCGGCCACCCGCCCGCUCGGCGACACUACCCGCCUC